GUUUUCCCCUCAACAUCCAACCAUCUGCUAUCGUCAAGCGCGAUUUGUUUUUCGAGAGGUCCGAGUUAUCAUUUAACUGAAAAGUAUGCCGAGUGGAAAAAACUUCAGGAGGAGAAGAGACUCGUCAGAUGUGGAGGAAGAUGAAACAACUAUAGAAGUCAGAUCAAAACUAGAAGAGGCGAAAGAGCUGCAGAGUUUGCGAAAACGACAGACCGGAGUCAGUGUGACCGCCCUGUUGGUUGGGGAGAAACUGCCACCAGAGGAUGAAAUUGAUAAUGACCCUUUUAAACUGAAGACUGGAGGAGUUGUAGACAUGAAGAAAGCCAAAGACAGGAAUAGGGACAUGACAGAAGAGGAGACGGACCUGAACCUGGGAACUUCCUUCUCUGCUGAAACUAACAGAAGAGAUGAGGAUGCGGACAUGAUGAAAUAUAUUGAGACAGAGCUGAAAAAGAAGAAGGGGUUGGUGGAAGCCGAGGAACAGAAAGUUAAGGUGAAAAAUGCAGAGGACCACCUGUAUGAGUUGCCUGAGAGCAUCCGAGUCAAUUCUGCCAAGAAGACAGAGGAGAUGUUGUCCAACCAGAUGCUGAGUGGGAUCCCUGAAGUCGAUCUUGGCAUCGACGCAAAGAUAAAGAACAUUAUCCAAACAGAGGAUGCAAAAGCCAAACUUCUGGCGGAACAAAGAAACAAGAAAAAAGACCAAGGCACAUCAUUCGUACCCACCAACAUCGCCGUCAACUACGUCCAGCACAAUCGCUUCUAUCGUGAGGAUGUGAACGCACCACAGAGGCACCACAGACACCGAGAGGAACCCAAAGCAAGGCCGCUGCGUGUGGGAGACACUGAGAAACCGGGUCCAGAGGAAGUUACAACACCAGCCAACUUCCGCAAACGUCCAAACAACGAAAAGGCCACAGAUGACUACCAUUAUGAGAAGUUCAAGAAGAUGAAUCGACGUUAUUGAGGAGCUGGAUUACAGUUUUUUUCAAGAAUAAUUUACUCAAUUUGAUGUCCAUCUUUAUAAAGAUUGAAGCAUCCAGAUGAGCCAUGAAGAUAAUUUUGCAGACUGUUUUUCUCAAACAACCAGAGGACUCCCAAGCCUUUGUAAAUAUUGUAAAAAGCUUAUUGUGGUUAACUGUAAACAGUACAUUUGCUUUUUGAUGUGUCAUGUUUAAGGAGAAUUACACAUUUUUUAGAUCAAGUGGUGUUCCUCCCCUGGAUUGUGAUCAAUAUGCUUUUUAUUCUGUUAAAUGUUGACUUUUAGUUGUCUUGUGUAUUUAGGGCUUUCAAAAGAAUAAAAAAAAAAAGUAAAAC